CCCCAAUUUUAUCAUACUAGUUUUGUGCUUUUUAAGCUAUUUAUCUGACGAAAGAAAAAUGAAAAAAGACAUCUUCCACUGAACCUCUGCUAUUAAGUGCUUAUUCUCGCAAAGACACCUGAGGGCGACAGAGGGAACUAUGUGUCCAGUGCUUACUCAAACUUCAGCAUGCUUACUAAAUACUUGAGACAUAGUCGGCAACUUAACUAAACGUCUGCACUUCACCUUGGACAGUCAUGCCUGUGCCGCUCGGACUUAACUUUCCAGUUGUAUGCAUCAUCGCGUCUUAAGUCAAAUGGAGAACUUUGCGUUGCGCGUCGCGGUUUACCCUGUCCGGGAAGUGUUAGAUUUGGAAUUUGGGAAUAACUACGGCAUGUAGUGUUGUGCCGCACUGUUGCAUUCAGUCUUUGAAAUUAUGAUAUGGAAGUAUUCAACAAAUCUACCAUGUGUUGACUGCACUAAACACUACGGAGGAAGUAUGAAGUAAGCGCGAUGGAGGCGGACAAUGCCCCGGUCUCCAAACUCAAAGCAGCUGGAGUCGGGGGGAGAGCUGUGUUUCUCUGUAUGGUCCUGUACUGUACCUGUUGUCUGGGGUUUGCACAGUCCCAGUCUGAAGAUGUGGAUGUCCUGCAAAGGCUGGGAUUGGUCGGAAAAAGGCCUCAAGGCGUUAUACCCUUCAAAUCCGGAAUUAUCCUAACCCAGAGGGCGCGGAUCGACAUCCCAGUAAAAUCCGUCGUGCCUACGUCGAUGGGCACAACGUUUACGCUCAUCCUAAGCGUGUGUUCUCAUCGCAUUAACAAUGCUUUCCUCUUCACCGUUGUGACGAAGAGAAAAAGACUGCAACUGGGACUGCAGUUCAUCCCUGGGAAAAUCUUAGUUUAUUUGGGCCAGAACACUGUAUAUUUCAAUUAUGACGUUCACAAUGGCCAGUGGCACAACAUGGCUUUGGAAAUCCAAGCUCAGAGUGUUACGUUAUAUACUUCUUGUGGGAAAACGAGCGUUCACGCAAAUUUGCAUUUUAAAAACGAGGAAACCCUGGAUCCGGAGGGCUCCUUUCGUUUGGGAAAAAUGAGCCAGAACUCGGUGCAGUUUGAAGGAUCCAUAUGCCAGUUUGAUAUACAUCCUUCUGCUAAGGCAGCUCACAAUUAUUGUAAGUACAUUAAAAAACAGUGCAGGGAAGCUGACACGUUUCGGCCAAACCUCUCUCCUCUUCUACCGCUGCUGCCUUUGGACCCUAAUGUGUCUGUCACGGUUCAGACCCCGAUCGACAGACAAAGCAAGGUGCAAACCUUGCAAGGUCUAAACGCAUCCACUUUAAUCUCAUCUUACCCUGCUGCUGUCCUGUCUGUACAAAGCACAGUGCCACCAACGAUACCCCAGCCCACAUUACAGCUCCCGGUACAGGAAAUGGCGCAAACUGUCAUUGCCGCCCUCGCAGUAGGAACAUCACCAAAGCCAACUCAACAAAGCAGACCGACCAAGAACCUCCUGAGGACAACUGUAAAUAACAUGUUACAAGACAAUGGAACGGAUGUUACUAUCAAACCAACCACAAAUAAAUUGGAUAUCCCAACUUCUGCAACAACAAAAUUCAGUAUGGCAGACAUGACAACAAUUCCAUCACAGAGAUUUUCCUUCGUCGAAGGAAAACACACCUCAUUUAUUUCUGUCACCCCUGCUGCCACUGACGGUUUUCAAACCUUUGACCUGGAACCAACACAGUACUCCCUCUUGGCUGGGAUUCCUGGACUGAAAGGGGAACCUGGACCACCAGGACCUCCAGGACCCCCUGGCAAGCCAGGAUUAGCAGGAAAAAGAGGGCCUAGGGGUCCGUCUGGUCCACAUGGAAAACCAGGACUCCCAGGACCACCCGGACCCAAGGGAAGGAAGGGAGACCCGGGAAUGUCACCAGGCAGAGCACCAAAUGGAAUAAAAGGAGAGCCUGGAAUUUCUGGCCUACCUGGACUCGUCGGUCAAGCGGGCCGUACGGGACAGAAAGGCCACCCUGGUCCACCUGGCCACCCAGGAGAUCAAGGAGAAAGAGGACUUGAUGGAAGCCCAGGUGCCAAAGGUUAUCCUGGCAGGCAGGGUUUACCAGGGCCUAUAGGAAACAUGGGACCGAAGGGAGAACACGGCUUCAUUGGAAUCUCCGGCGUCUUCGGUCUUCCCGGUCCUGAUGGAGAAAGAGGUUUACCUGGCGUUCCUGGGAAGAAGGGCAAGAUGGGUAGGCCGGGCUUUCCAGGAGAUUUCGGGGAACGAGGACCACCAGGACCUGACGGAAACCCAGGGGAGAUGGGUUCACCAGGCCCUGUUGGCAUCCUAGGCCUUAUUGGUGACAUGGGACCUGUUGGAAUUAUUGGUCUUCCUGGACCAGUGGGACUACAGGGUGUACCAGGAAGCCCAGGGGAACCAGGACUGAAAGGUGAUAAGGGUGAAGUCGGUUUGCCCGGGCAACCAGGAGAACCUGGAUUUCAGGGUGACAAGGGCAUUCAGGGCUCACCCGGUUUACAGGGUAUUCGAGGGAAGCCAGGGCCACAGGGAAAGCGUGGAGAUCCCGGGCCGGAGGGUUUGCAAGGUCCACCUGGUCCUGAGGGUUAUCCAGGGGAUAUCGGAGCACCAGGGCAAAACGGUGUCGAGGGCCCAAAGGGAACCGCGGGAUCAAGAGGGCUUCCAGGUCCUAUAGGAGUUUCUGGGCCAGAGGGAGAUCAGGGCCCAACAGGUCCAGCUGGUGAUCCAGGACUAGAGGGCAGACUGGGGAGGAAGGGUUUUCCUGGAAGUCCAGGGGAAGAUGGAAUGAAGGGAGAGCCUGGAAUCACAGGAGAGGCUGGGAUGCUUGGUGAGAGGGGUUCUGCUGGUUUCAUUGGGCCUGUCGGUGAGACGGGGGUUGCUGGGGAAAAGGGGGAUCGUGGUGAGAUUGGGCUGCCAGGACCACCCGGAGAAAAGGGAGCAAUGGGACACCCAGGGGCUCCAGGUGAGAGGGGACCAUCAGGACCAGCAGGUACACCAGGGCCUCUCGGUUCCAGAGGACUCGGCGGCACAAGGGGACCCAAAGGCGAAAGGGGUGCAAGAGGACCGGACGGAGCGGUUGGAGAAAAAGGGUUAAUGGGAAUCCAGGGUCCUGAAGGGCCACCAGGAAAAGAGGGUUUCACCGGACCAAUGGGUAAAAUUGGAGAAACUGGUGAAGCAGGAGCGACUGGAUUUCUGGGUGUUCCAGGACCAACUGGGCCUCCAGGAGCGAAGGGAAUUUUAGGAGAACCUGGUCUUGCAGGGCCACCUGGAACUGUAGGUCCAUUAGGGGAGAUUGGAGCAAUGGGACUGCCGGGAAAAGUUGGAGAGCGGGGCUUACCAGGUGAACCAGGAGAGAAGGGUGAUGUUGGAUCUCCUGGGAAUAUGGGAGAGCAAGGCUUGAUUGGACCUAGAGGUGAUCCUGGUCCUGAUGUGGAGGCUGGUCCGGGCGGUCCUGAUGGAGCUAAGGGUGAAAAGGGAGAUGCAGGAAUGGAGGGUGAAACGGGUGAAAGAGGCAACAUCGGACAUAAAGGAGAUGAAGGCCGUUGUGGAGAUCCCGGCUUGACAGGCAUCAAGGGCCCUGAGGGCAAACCUGGCAAAAUUGGUGAGAGGGGAAAACCAGGAGAGAAGGGCAGCAAAGGUCACCAAGGUCACCCUGGUGAGAUGGGACCAAUCGGAGAAGAGGGUGCUAUGGGUUUCAUCGGGCCAAAAGGAAGUCGAGGAUCUAUUGGAUCUGUGGGUGUUCGUGGAAAAAUGGGUCAGCUGGGAGAACCUGGUUUAGCUGGAUACGAAGGUCACCAAGGACCACCAGGUCCAAUGGGAAGCCCAGGACCAAAAGGUGACAAGGGAGAGCAAGGAGAUGAUGGGAAGGUUGAAGGUCCACCUGGUCCACCAGGUGACAUCGGGCCUGUCGGCAACAGGGGAGAGAGAGGAGAACCAGGCGACCCUGGAUACCCAGGUCAUGAAGGAGUGCGAGGGGAAAGAGGAAAACCAGGGGCUCCUGGAGCGCCUGGAAAUUUUGGACCAAAAGGUGAUUCAGGGCACAAAGGUUCCAAAGGCGAUAAAGGUCCAAAAGGUAUAAACGGUCCUCGGGGUGAAUCUGGAGUUCGAGGGUCACCUGGUGCUGUUGGUCUUUCUGGUCCCAGAGGAGUUAUUGGUCGUGAGGGACUUGAGGGUCAUCCCGGUGUAGAUGGACUUCCUGGAAAAGAUGGAGCUAAAGGAAUGCCAGGUGAGCAUGGAACCGACGGAGAGGUCGGAAUGCCAGGAAAACCAGGUCUUCAAGGCAAAGCAGGUGCACUAGGUUUGCCAGGAAUUCAAGGCUCUUUUGGGCCAAAGGGUGAAAGGGGUCUUCCUGGCCAAAUUGGACCUCCGGGCAAUAGAGGAUUUUAUGGAGGGAUGGGAUUUCCUGGAAAACAGGGUGACAGAGGGGUCAAAGGGCAACCUGGUGAUGCGGGUGAACAGGGAUUUCCUGGAGUUUUUGGAAUAUUUGGACCAAAGGGUCCACCAGGAGACCUUGGGCCAGCGGGCAUCCAGGGCCCAAAGGGUCCGAAGGGUUUAAUGGGGAUGCAAGGAUCCUUUGGACCGGUUGGUAUCAUUGGCCCGAGUGGUAAUCCUGGACCACAAGGAGACAAAGGAAGUAAAGGGGAAAUGGGUGCUCAGGGACCAAGGGGACUUCCAGGACCUCGCGGACCACCUGGACCUCCUGGACUUCCCAGUGUAUCUCUUGUUCUUGAAAACGAGGCCCUUGGUGCUACUUCACACGUUAUUGUUGAUUCCCGCUCAGCAUUUAGGUCAGAGAUUUAUCAAGACGCUGACCUUCCAAUGUUGGACCAGGGAACAGAGAUCCUAAAGACCUUGCACUACCUCAGUACCCUGAUCCGCAGCAUCAAGAACCCAACAGGAACGCAGGAGAAUCCGGCCAGAAUGUGCCGAGAUAUGUUUGACUGCGAGCAUAGAUUGAACGAUGGUGCUUACUGGAUAGAUCCUAAUCUGGGCUGUUCCUCUGACAAUAUUGAGGUGACCUGUAACUUCACCAGUGGAGGACAGACCUGCCUUAAACCAGUAGCUGUUUCCAAGUUGGAGAUUGGUGUCAAUCUGAUCCAGAUGAACUUCAUUCAUCUCCUGAGCACUGAAGCUGUACAGAUGAUCACCAUACACUGCCUGAAUGUCCCUGUUUGGGCAGCAGGGGACGCCAAAAUCCCAUCCUCCAGUGCAGUGUUUUUUAAAGCCUGGAAUGGACAGAUAAUCGAGUCGGGUGGAUUCAUCGAGCCUGAUGUGAUAAAGGAUGAGUGUUGGAUAACAGAUGGAAGAUGGCAUCAGGCACAGUUUGUUUUUCAGACGCAGGAUCCGAACUUGCUGCCCAUUGUGGAGGUCUACAAUCUGCCGAGCACUAAACCCGGCUCACGUUAUCACCUGGAGGUGGGACCUGUAUGCUUUUUAUAACAAGGCAAGAACGGAAGCCCUAAAUACACAAAAAUCACGGAGGCUCUUUAUGCCUGGAGGAAUAAAUGAACUCCUCUCUUAAGCCUGGACUGCAGACUUUAUACACAAGGACAGAUAUGUCUGGAGCUGCUUUGGAGAAAACAGGACUCUCAGAUGCUCUCUUGACAUGGACUGGAUGUUAGUUUUGUAGAUGUGCUUAUAAAACAUUUACUUAAUUUAUUCAUAGAGGUGUUUUCCACGUAUGAUUUGUGGAGAGGAAACCACACAUUUAUGGCAUUUAUUUGUAUUGAAGUACUUGUUUUGUAUUUUAUAGUUAUACAUGAUCAUGUGUAUUUAUACGUGUACAUGUGGGAGUAUGUAUAUUUUCUGUAAUGUGCAAUAGAGAAGAUUUUUUUUUAACAUUUUUAAGUGUCUGACAACAUACUGCUUUCUCAGCAUUGCCACAAAGGGGCGCUAUAGUGGAUAGUAUAGUCAUUUUAGAGCAGUGUUUCUCAACUCGCGACCCACCUCCAAAAAUGUUUUGCAAGCCUUCUAUGCAAGAGGGCUGAUUAGUUGAAUUUGGCAUUUUUUAUAUAGACGGUUUUAGUAUUAACAACAUAAACAAACAGCUUUCGUGGAACACAUGUAACUUCCGAUAAACUUUCACAAAAGAAUUGAUAAUAAUAGAGUCAUUUUACAGUAGUUUAUUUCUGAUAAUAAGCAUAAUAAAUAACAAAUAGAUUAUCUUAGUUCCAGUCAUAGCUAAAGCGCAUUAAAAACUACACUGAUGGGAAGAUUUUACACCGAUGGGCAACGUCUCUUCAUAUUUUCGGGGUGACGCCCGAGUCUGUCCAAAAAUACGACUCCGGUGCGCCCUCAUGGACUCGCGUCAAGGGUCCCUAAGGUCUGCACUACAUGAUGUUAUCAAAGUGUGGACUAUGAGAAAGUCCACUAGUCCAGAGUGUGUACUUCCUGUCGCAUGCAGGUGCUCUCGAGUGGCCAAGACCGCAAGUGUGGGUAUUUGAACGUAGCAGAAGACGUUCUAGGACUUGGGUCGGGAGAAUUGAAGUGAGAGAAACAUUGCUCUAUGGGUCUCUCUUUCAGGUACAGAACCGUCAUAAGCUGUGUCCGAAAUAGCUCCUUAUUACGCCUAAAAAGUGUACUAUGUAAGGGGACAGCUAUUUUGUAGCGGUGUCAGAAAUGAUUGUGGACAUUACUAAGUAAUCUUCUUCAAUUUCAAAAUCCACUGCAAUGAAUCGUCAUUCACUGUGAUGCUGCGUUCACACCAGCAUCAAGCGCUAGUGAUAGUUGACGCGCGUCAGGAGGUCGUUAGCGCGGCGCGGUAGACGUGAUUACGCCUCGCACAAAUGACGCAAAUUGAGCAUUGCCACGGAAAACGUGCAAGUUGAAAAAUCUGAGCUUUGCCGGAAAAAUGCGUCACUUUAACCAAUCAGGAGCAGUAGUGAUGUGAUUACAGGAAGCGAGUGGAGCCCCUCCCAUGACGCGAAUUUCCGCAUGAAUGUCUUGAUGACUAGAAUUUCACGCGCUGCUUUCACCCACGAAUGAAGCGAGUUCACUCAAAAAUGUGUCACGUUAACCAAUCAGGAGCUUGCUCUAGUAGUGGCAUGAUUACAGGAAGCGAAUGAAGCUCCUCCCAUGACGCGAAUUUCCGCGUGAAUGUCUUGAGUACUAAAAUUUCACACGCGGCACUACCAGCGCUUAGAAUCCAAAUUUACUCAUUUUUAUUUACUCUAUAUUAGCGAAUGUAGGGAAUAGUGAAUACGUGCAUAGCAUAGGGGAUAUUUCGGAGACAGCCAUAGCAGAACAAUCAAUAAAAGGGUGCCAUAUACUUGACAAGCUACCAGCUAAGGUUACGCAUACUUGGUAAAGUAUGUUUUAUGACUUCCUCUCACUCAUAUCAUAUCAUAUCAUUCAAUUCAGGUUCAUUGCUGUGUGUUCUUACAUGAACACUAUCAGUCUGUUGUAAACCUCAGAAAAAAGCAAGGUGGAUUCUAAAUUUGCUACUGUAUAUAGCAUAUGACUUGCCAUUUAACUCAGAAUAAUGAAGGUGGAUCCACACUUGAAAAGUAAUGUGUAUUUUGUCUACCUCCCAUUUGUCAUUUCUGGGUGUUUAGGACAAGAAUUUUAAAGAAAUGGAUUCAUGUUUAACUCUGUGGUUGGAUUUCAUUUAAAGCAGCUUUUGUUUCUGUCAAAUGUUGUUAACUUAAGUGCCUUUUAUACUUUCGAAAGGGAAUAUUUUUAUAUAAAUGUAAAAAUAAACAUUCUAAUGUGCUUUUUUGCAACCAAACAUAUUUAAUACUUAAAGGGAUAGUUCACCCAAAAAGAAAAGUUUGUCAUUAUUUACUCAACCGCAUGUCGUUUGAACCCCCAAUGUCUUUCUAUGUUCUUCAGAACCCAAAUGUAUUAUUUUAUUAAGGUGCCAUAGAAUAAAAAACUGUAUUUACUUAGGCAUAGAUGAAUUAUAAGAGCUAUGUACAUAGUAAUGACAUAUUGUGAGCAAAAACACAAAAGACUGUUGGAAAAACCAAUCUCAACAUAACACUGACUGUGACGUUACAGUCGAGAUGUACGCCCCAACAUUAAAUGACACAUUAAAUGAAUAAUAAAGAUGUUAAAAUGCUAAUAACAAAAUUGUGACUGCUUAAUUAGCGCUACAUGCUAAUUGAGGCUAUAUGCUAGCAUUUAGGCUGAAGUUCUACUAUUGACUUUACGUUUUUUAAGUCUACACUGAAAAAAAUGUCUCUGUUACGUGUAACCUUCAUUCCCUGAAGAAAGGGAAUGGAGACAUCACAUCGUGACCAACGAAUUGGGAACGUGCUUCGGUAGACCAAUCUACUUCAAGAAGCUAGGAAAACACCGGCAUACAGGUAUUUGCAUCUGCUGGCGCCACUGUGCGAGUGUUUAAUGAGCAGCAGGUGCAAUACCAAAUCAGCUAUUUUCACUGAGAAAGCUGAGCAUCUAGUGCCCAGCCGGUGUCAGCAGUGGAACAACAUGCUGUGACGACGGGACGUGAUGUCUAUAUUCCCUUCUCUCAGGGAACGAGGGUUACAUUCCUAACCAAGAUGUUCCCUUUCAGUCGUUCACUUCAACAUCAAAUCGUGACCGACGAAUUGUGAAUCCCUACCAAAACGCCACUCCAGAUGACCCUUUCAGUGCCUGCGUGAGCUUUCUGUCUUCUAUCUUAAAAAGGCAGAACCUGGGCUUACUGCUGAAAGGCCGGUCACUACCUGUUUCUUAACCCACGAUAGUGAACUAGGCAAACUGGGAAGCGGACACAUCUGGGUAAAACUAGGAAUG